AUGAAUGUCGUUCCAAGAGAAAAGCCAGCAAAUAAUAAAAUACAAGCAAGAAAUAGAAAAGCAUUUCUCAUAAAAGACACCACUCUUGGAAUAAGAGGACCUUCGGUGCUGCCUGUAGCGUCGUAUAAUACCUUGAAGGUAUCAAGACCUACAAAUAAUACCCCUCGAUAUCAGUUCAACAAUGAAGAACCAACGACGUCUAAAAAUAACUCUAUGGGGCCUCCAAUGGGCGUGCCUCUGAGUACUAAACGCAGAUUCCUCCCCAAUUCAAACUCUUCUACCAAGCCGGAAUCCUCCUCCAGCGGCAAGCCACACCCAAGGGUACUGGCCAACGAUUCAGUAGCAGAUAAUUCUGAUUUCUGCACACCACGGAAUAGACCAACCGCUCUAAGAUACAUAAGUAGCAGCAGCAGAGGUGGUCACAGUGGAGCCAGGUCUGCUAGAUCUACGAGCACAUCUGCCGUAGAACCGAGUGUUAUAUUGGCCAUUUCGGAAGGCAGAGGCAUGGCACGAGGCGAAGUAGGAAUAGCUGCAGUCGAUCUCAAGCACCCUCAUCUUGUUCUAUGUCAGUUUAGUGACACUCUCCUUUAUGUUCACACGCUAACCAAAAUCAACUAUUUCAACCCUGUAGAGAUCAUAGUACCUCACACAUUCUGUGAAGGGGUCCAACCGAAUCAGUUGUACAAAUUGAUAAAAGACCACUACCCUCUUGUCAAUCUAACCACGGUACAAAGAAGACAUUUCAACGACGCCGCUGGUCGGCAACAGAUUCAAACGCUUUGUGCGCCGCAGUAUAGUGCUGUUUACCUUCAGGUUUUACAUAAAUUUUAUGCGCUAACAGCAGCUGCAGCAGUACUGAAAUAUGUAGAAUACAUUCAAUGCAUUGUGUUCGCUAGAGAGUCAUUGAAGAUCGAGUAUCAUUCAUCGGAACAUACUAUGAUUAUUGACGUAGGAACUGCGACCCAACUGGAACUAGUCCAGCCUUUAGUGCCGUCAGCAGGCUCUACAUGUUGUCUUCUGGGAGUACUAGGUCCUACGUCUACAGUUGGUGGUAUAAGAGCUUUGAGAGCGGCUAUAUUACAACCGUCUUGUAAGAAAGAGUUCAUUGAAGAAAGACUUGACGCUGUACAAGACCUCAUUGCCAAUGAAAAUGGAUUGAUAACAGCUUUGCAGUAUGUAAUAAGAAAAUUAGCAGACGUCGACAAAAUAUUACUUCUCUGCAUGGAUACUCAGAACCAGAAUAUGGACAAAGUGGGUGAAGCCCAGCUAAAUCAGACACUCCUCCUGAAGACCACAAUGGAUGUCGUGCCACAACUCGUGGAAGCUCUCUCAGGUGCCGAGAGUGGAAGACUUCGGGCGAUUAAAAUAGACUUUGAAAAUCCUGACUACAAAGAAAUAGCAGACCGCAUACGAAACAUAAUACAACAAGAUGCCCAUUUAGAAAAAGGUGCUCAGGGAAGUUUGCAAAGAUGUUUCGCAGUAAAACCAGAUAUUAACGGCCUUCUAGACGUAGCUAGAAGAACGUACUCAGAGCUCAUAGAAGAUAUACAAAAGAUAGUAGAACAAUUGAGUGAAGUAUAUGACCUGCCUAUAAGAUUGAAUCAGAAUAUGAUGAAGGGAUUUCAUAUGGUGAUGCCUGUUGCUCCAAAACAAAGAAGGCAUUUUAGUGUUGAGGAUUUACCGCCUAUCUUUAUACAGGUACAGUACAAUGGAGCAAGUGUGACAAUGACAACAGAAGAAUUAGUUGUGCUUGAUCAACAAGCUAAAGAAUCUCUCAAUGAAAUUCAGAAAAUGAGUAACAUUGUAAUAUCAGGCUUACUUAAAGAACUGCGACCGUUUAUGUCCAGUUUGUACAAACUUUGUGAAGAUGUUGCCGAAUUAGAUAUACUGCUAGCUUUGGCCCAAGCCACUUCAAUUGGCUCCUACAUAAGACCGGAUUUUAACACAUAUAUGGAUAUACGGAAUGGUGUGCAUCCUUUACUUGAUUAUAACAGUCAAGUAAUGCCUGUACCUAAUGACAUUUUUGCGAGUCCGGAAUACAAUUUCACAAUAAUAACCGGACCAAACAUGGGAGGGAAGAGCAUUUACAUCAAGCAGAUAGCGCUUAUGCAGAUCAUGGCUCAGCUUGGUUGCUAUCUACCUGCAACUAAUGCGGUACUUCGAUUAUGUGACCGAAUAUUUUCUAGAAUUGGUUUCAACGACAGUGUUGAACUUAAUGCUUCUACUUACGUUUUUGAGAUGAAAGAAAUGCAACACAUAAUGACGGGAUUGACAUCUUCAAGUCUCGUAAUUAUCGACGAACUCUGCAGGGGAACGUGUGCAGAAGAAGGCACCAGCAUGGCUUGGUCGAUUUGCGAAGAGUUGCUGUUGACUGAGGCGUUCACUUUCUUCACGACGCAUUUCAUAUAUUUAACUAGACUGCAGGAUUUGUAUUUUAACGUUGUCAAUCGGCAUACAGUAGUAACAGAAGAAGAAAUAGCAGACACGCAAAGCAACUCAAAUCCGCAAGAACGUUUGGUGUACCAACACAAAAUUGAACCUGGAACUACUAAGGUAGAGCGUUACGGCUUGGCACUCGCCGCUAAAACGAAUCUUCCUGAAAACACUGUCAAAUUGGCUAUGGAACUUGCUGAACUCAUAUCACAGACUAAGAAGCCGCAAGAAAUCGAUACACCUCAAAGUAACGAUGAAGCUCUCCUUUAUAAAUUAAACGCUGAAUUGAGACAAGAAUAUAGAAAACAUCCGAAUUCAGGCAAUGUGAAAAAAAUAAUAAGAAAGUUCAAAGAAGAACAUUCGCAAUUAAUAGAAAGAAUAAGGCAAAGAGACAGAAGUAACAUAAGAAUUGAUAGUAGUGCUAAUUAUUCAGAUGACAAUUCAAGGAGACAAACCUCUCUGACCAAACAAAAUAAAAUUGAAUACGAUGCCGGAAACGGGCACACAAACGAAAGAAAUUAUACGUCGGUAAAAUCUUCCAACGAACUUUUAACAUCUGUCAUGAACAUUGAUAAUGACGAUUUGAUAAAUGAGACACAAGAUGAUAAAGAUAGCUCAAACAAUAUUUCGAAUAAUGAUAUAGCAUGUAUCAGUAUAGAAACAAGAAAUAUCGAAGCAAAAUCAUUCGCAAAUGAUUGCAAUAAAAACAUAUCUAAUAUAAAUGGUAAUGAUAAUUCAAAUCCUGAUGAAGAAAAUGAUAUAGAUUUGAUUGACGUCAGCAGCGAAUCUGACAUAGCCGAGGCGCUGACUCAAUUCUUAGGGUCAGUCGAAGAAUCGAAUAUGGAUAAGACCAUUGACGAUACGUCAAUUGAUGAAGAGCUGGUACGAGAAACUGUGAAUGAGAUUAAUGAGGAUCUAGCUAGACAAAUUAGUAUUGGUAGUAUUAUUUUAACUCCGCCUAUGGAUUUUAGAGAUUAA